GAGGCGAUCCUCCGCGUCUCGUGCCUUGACUUCAUCUGUCCUCCGCGGUCAACUGCUCUUCGCCGCCGCACGCCAUCGAAUUCGACGGCGAUCCGACGCUUCUGCGGGAGCGCUAGUUUUUUCCUCCCUCUUCCGUCACCUGGGAAAUGGCGGCGGCAACGAGAAGGGCUCUUGCCCCGUUAUUAACCUCCCGCAACCGCAAAUUGUUCAGCAGGAAUCGGUUCUCUCGAUGAGUUAUUCUCGCUCGGGAUGGCGAGGAGGGUUUGAGGAAGGAGCAUGUCGGCGGGAGUUCAGUAGCACUGCAGCUCCCGCGAUGGGGUCCGAUGAAAAAUUCGUGGAUGAGAUUGAGAAGAUCCGGCAUGCAUAUGAGGAGGCGAAAAGAAGCUUUCUAAACAUUCCCGUCGCACUCAAGGAAAUGCCCAAGAUGGAUCCAGAAGGCAUCUAUGUGAACAGGAAUGUGAGGUUAGACGAUAUUGAAGUCUUCGGAUUUGAUUAUGACUACACACUUGCGCAUUACUCUGGAAACCUGCAAAAUUUGAUCUACGACCUCGCCAAAAAGCAUCUUGUAAAUGAGCUCCGGUAUCCUGAGAGUUGUUUGCUGUUUGAAUAUGAUCCAACGUUUCCAAUCAGAGGACUGUGUUAUGACAGGCUCAGAGGAUGCCUUCUGAAGCUUGACUUUUUCGGGUCUAUUGAAACAGAUGGGUGCUUUUUUGGACGCCACAAGAUUUCCUUGGAGAAGAUUAAGGAAAUGUAUGGCACUCGUCAUAUUGGUCGAGCCCAAGCACGAGUACUUGUUGGUUUGAUGGACUUCUUUUGUUUUAGCGAGGUGUGCUUAAUUGCCGAUACCAUACAACAUUUUGUGGAUGCCAAGCUAGAUUUUGAUCCUUCCAAUGUCUAUGAAGACAUAAACCAGGCAAUUCAGCAUGUGCAUAAAAGUGGCUUGCUCCAUAAAGAGAUUCUUUCUGAUCCUACAAAGUAUCUUGUGAAGAAUAGUCAGCUUUUCUGCCUACUCAAGAAGUUGAAGGAGAAGGGGAAGAAGCUUUUCCUACUAACAAAUUCUCCAUACAGUUUUGUGGAUGGAGGCAUGCGUUUUAUGCUAGAGGACACUGGAGAUGUGAGAAAUUCUUGGAGGGAACUUUUUGAUGUUGUGAUUGCUAAGGCUAAUAAGCCACACUUUUACACAUCUGAACACCCAUUUCGAUGCUAUGACAUAGCAAACGACACCUUGGCUUUUACAGCAGUGGACCAACUUCUCCCUGACCAAGUCUACUAUCAUGGUUGCCUGACAUCAUUUCUACAAAUUACAAAGUGGAAAGGUCCUGAGGUGAUAUACUUUGGUGAUCACUUGUUUAGUGACUUGAGAGGACCUUCAAAAGCUGGUUGGCGUACUGCUGCUAUCAUUCAUGAACUUGAGAAUGAAAUAAAGAUUCAAAAUGGCGAGAGAUACCGAUCUUAUCAGGCAAAGUUUCAUAUAAUUGAGGAACUGCUUGGCAAACUUUAUGCCACAGUGGUUAGCGGUGAGCGAGGACAUGAUUACCGCAGAUUGGUGCAAGAACUUAACGUGGAAAGGCAACAUUGUAGAUCUACAAUGCGUAGCCUGUUCAAUAGUAACUUCGGAGCAACAUUUCUUACCGACACGGGUCAGGAAUCUGCAUUCUCGUACCACAUCCAUCAAUACGCUGAUAUAUAUACAAGUAAACCUGAAAAUUUCUCGUCUUGCUCUCUCGAGUCGUGGCUACAUGUGCCCUAUGACAUAAAGAUUAUGCCACAUCAUGUGAAGGUACCAUCAAGUUUGUUGAAAUCGCAGUAGCAAUCAUUGUUUGUUUUCGAUUUACUCUAGAUGGAAUUUUCAUGCAUGAUCGACCAUGUAACUUCUACAUGUAGCAAUAUUUUGAGAUAGAUUCAAUCCCUCGAAAUUAGUUAGUGGAGAGGGAAUUUUUUCUUGCAAAUACUUCCUUGUAGCACUUACAACUGGAAUUAUCAUUCUGGAGUUGGUGAAUGUCAACUUUUUUUUUU